CUCCGCUGUUACAAAACACAGCUGCUGAAGUAAGAGAAGUUCAAAAAAGCGACAUGACAUGAUGAAAUCAGUCUAGAGGGUUUAUUUAACGCACUAACUGAAAAGGAAAGACGCAGAAUGAGAUCUCUGUGACUUUUUUAUGCUGCCUGAUAUUUUUUUGUCAAGAAGAAGAAGAAAACAAUAUAGUCUAUAUAUAUAUAUUUUUUUUUAAAGGGCGUUAUUAGUUUAUUUAUUCUACAUAUUUUUUAAAAAAAAAAUUGCGCAGAAUUUAAAUUUGUAUGUAUUUAUUUAUUUAUUUACUUACUUACUUACUUACAACCUAGUAGUUGUUCUACAUCUUUUGGAAAUUGUAUAUAUUUUUUAUAUUUAUAAAUAAAACUAAAAUUUUAGUCAUUAAAAAAGUGAUUCAUUAAUUGGAAAAAAAUAUUAAUAGUAAUAAAAAACAACAACAACAACAAUAAUAAUAAUAAUAAAAAUAAAAAUAAUAAUAGUAAUAAUAAUAAUAAUAUAAUGGGGGUUAUCGGAGAGCCGGUAGAAAUCUCAGGCGAGGAGCUCGUGCAGAUGCUCGUGACCCCGGAGAGAAGCGGCGCGCUGCUGCUGCUGGACUGCAGGCCGUUUCUCGCCUUCUCGCGCGUGCACAUCUGCCGCGCGCACAACGCCGCGUGGAACUCGCUGCUGCGGCGCAGGUGCAGCAGGGGCACGGAGUCCGGCGCGCGCCUCGACUGCCUGCUGGCCGACAGGUCUCUGCUGGGGCGCGUGCGGAACGGGGACUUCCGCCACAUCGUGGUGCUGGACGAGAAGAGCCGCGCGGUCGCCGACUUGGAGCGCGAGAGCCUGGCGGGCCUGCUGCUGCGCGCGCUCCAGAGAGAGGUGCACGCGGCCACGGCGCGGAUCUGCUUCCUGCAAGGUGGAUUUGAUGGCUUUGUAGCGCUCUACCCUGAGCUGUGUAUCAGUGCACCAGGUGUGUGUGGGAAUCAGACGACGCUGAGCGACUCAGAGCCGCGAGUUUCCGGCAGAACGACACCUCUUUAUGACCAGGGCGGUCCUGUAGAGAUCUUGCCCUUUCUGUUCCUGGGCAGCGCACAUCACUCGUCUCAGAGGGAGCUUCUGCAGCGCUGCGGCAUCACAGCCGUCCUCAACGUCUCCUCGUCCUGUCCGAACCUGUUCGAGCACGAGCUGAGCUACAUGACCCUGAGGGUGGAGGACAGCAUGGCAGCGGACAUCCGGGUGCUCUUCCCACAGGCCAUCCACUUCAUCGAUUCAGUGAAGGAAAGCGGUGGUCGAGUUCUGGUCCACUGCCAGGCCGGCAUCUCUCGCUCCGCCACCAUCUGCUUGGCGUAUCUGAUCCACGCCCGCCGCGUGCGCCUGAACGAGGCCUUCGAGUUCGUGAAGCGUCGACGACAAGUGAUUUCCCCAAACCUGGCUUUCAUGGGCCAGCUGCUGCAGUUCGAGACAGACGUUCUCUGUCCUUACACGGUUCUGGACUCUGAGAACGGCGCCACUGCGUUUCAGUACCUCUGCUCAGACAAAACAGACCUUUCAUGAACUUUAUUGUGCUCCAAAGAGACUGUACAAGGGCUGGGACUCUCUUCCUACUGUGACAUGUGGCUUUGAUGAUUUUUUGGUCUUCAGUCCGUCAUACACAUUCAUUCACGUAUGGGAUUCUCUUGAAUCCACACUAUGAGCCAAAAUGACGUGUAUUUAUUUAGUCUACAUGCUAAAGUGCACUAAGCGACUACCUGCACUAGACUCUGCACUAUUUUAUUCUGUGUAUUUAUUAUAUAUAGGCAGGAAAACCCAUCUGAGAACAUUGGGUCAUUUUCAUUUUCACAGAAGCCCAAUGACCAUUAAACUAAUCAGCACAUAAUACUAAUGCAUAUGAAGAUGAAGAAAACUCUGAGAUAUGUUGGUUAAAUAUUAGUUUUGCAGAAACCGAAGUGAGCGCUAUCAGUGAGCAAAUGGGUGAGCAAUAUGGUAAAAAUAUUAUAUCACUACGAUACAUAUAUAAUGUAUGACGAUAUUUAGUUUUGCUAACAAACCAGUAUAGAUGUAUGAGGAAUAAGCAUUAUCCAUAAAAAUGUACCCGGAGCUACUUGGUCAGUAUUUAAGAGGUGUUCACGAUGUUUAUGAUCACAAAAUUCUUACGAAAGUGUUUCAUGUGUUUCUCAUAAUUUGCCAUAUUGCUCACCCCUCUACCCAACAUCAUCCGUAGAAGAUAAUAUCUAGCACACGAUUCUGCAACAGAACUGAUACUCUUAUAGUUUUUUGCCUUUCGUGCCAGUGAUGGUGAUUUAACGGAGCAGUCCCAAAUCAACAAACGGCGUCUUUAUGUGGUUCUGGUUUUGGAGCUAAAUCCUUUGAGUUUGUGAACCAAUAGAAAAUAGAAAUAAUUAGCUAGCUAGCUGAUGCUAACUGUUCACUGAGCCAGUACAUUUCUUUCAAGAUCCCCUCAUAGUGGUCUGAUUUUCAUUCCUCACCCUGAUGAAGAGCAUAGUGACUACAGAUGAAGUACAGAAUCAGUUGUGUUUGUUGCAGGAGGAUAAAUAGACGAGGCAAUAAGGAAAAGUGCUCCUAUAUGCUCCUAUAGAUCAUCCAACACUGACUUAUAUUGCAUCAGUCACUGAGAUUGGACCAACUCAGGGAGUGACCUAAAAAACUGUGAUCCCAGAUUUCUAACUAGAGUGUAGAGUAACAUUAUUAAUGUACGUCCUGCAAUACAGUACUGCCAUAUUUUGAAAUGUUCCACAUUUUUUUCUAGUUCAUGUUACUGAUUCAGAAGUGGUCAUGAAGAAACUAAGAAGUGUUUUUUUUUUGUCCCAUGCUGUAAAUAUUGUCGAUCCCUUAAACACUGCACUUUAUUUGUAAAUAAUUUAUUUGUUUUGAUUUGUUAAUAUUGGUGACUAUGUAGUGUACAAGCUGCCAUAUCCAGUUGUCCAUUAAAAGACUUUGUUAAAAUGCAAAUAUAAGGUGUCUUUUAU